AUGCCACAAGAUUGUAACACGUGUCACCACGAGAUUGUGACACGUCAUCAUCCGACAACUUGCACGAUGCUCCCAGACAAGCAACGAGGCGACGCCGAUAAAUUUCUUGAUUUUCUCGAUUCAACCUAUUUCACAUCUGGUAUUACGACGCAAUGUUUACUGCGAUUCCAAAUUGAUUGGUGGCUGAUCUAUUGUGUGUGUCAGAGAGAUGACUAACGGCUGCUUGUAAACUUGUAUCAGAUCUGGCAAAGUUGUACGCUGACUAAAACAGAUCUAUUAUCAACUACUUCAAUCUCUGUCUUUGUAGCUUUUACUUUUGUUUCCUAUUUUUGUUCGACCAUCAGAGCUGUGUCAUAUAAGAGAGUUUGAACAGCUUAAAUAACAUUUUAAGCCAGAGUGUCCGCAACAAACAACUUUUGGUGCAGAUAUUCAGAUCGGUAAAGGAGGACUAGGGGGUCCAUGGUUGAUUUUAAAUGAUUAGUUGUUGAAUCUGGGCAAGGAAGCCCUGGGUUUUUGAAGAUAAUAGCAAUGCUUUCUCUUUACAAACAUGAAAGUUCGGUUCAUCUUUACAUGGUUUUAAAGUUUUGUGAUGCAAAGAUCGUUGUCCAUGAAUACAUAUCUCAGAGAAGUCCACACUUGCAUGUCACUAGUAAUGAUCUAGUGUGGACUCAAAGCUUGAAGAUAUGCAUUGAGGCUUGUGGGUUAGCCUACCUUCAUAAAUUUGUCAAAACUGUAAAAUAAAAUAUUUUACCGUGAUAUUAAAAGUUCCAACAUCUUGUUAGAUGAAAAUUGGAAUGCCAAGAUCGCAGAUUACAGCAACCAACAACUUUGCUGUAGCGAUAUUGCACGUGGAUUAGUCGGAAUGUACACAUCUAAUUGUGUAUGAGUAUGCAUCUAAAAGAAGUCUAAACUUGCAUCUCAAUAGCAAAUGAUCUAGGGUGAAAUUAACGUUUGAAGAUAGUCAUAGGGAUGACUAGUGAGUUAGCUUAUCUUUAUAAUUUUGUAUAUACUUAACUUAAAGUAUUGUAUUCCGACCAUUCUAUUAGAUGAAAAUUGGAAAACGAAAAUCUACAGAACUUGGUUUGUCCAGAUUUAUUAAUGCUAAUAAGUUCGCAUUUUUUUUUACCAUUUUGGAUAUCAAGAUUCACCGAGAGUCCGAUGUUUACUAUUUUGUUAUGGUGUUGUUUGUGUGGGAUGUUGUAUAUUGGCAACAAUGAUUGCCAUCCUUUAACAGGAUUGAUGCAACAAGGCUGCAAACUAAACAAAAUGAAUACAAUUAUUUUUUGUAAUAUAUGGGAUGAAAUAAACUUAACUCUCCCAGAGUUUUUACAACAAUAGCUUGCUUAUCGAUGCAUGAAAAAGAGAUCAUGAAGAAUUAUCAAGAGUUUUUACAACGAUAGGUUGCUUAUCAAUGCUUGAAAGAGAGAUCAUGAAGAAUUAUCAAUCAGUAUAUGUUAUUGUGGGAAUGCUUGAAACUGCACUCAAUGAUCAAUGGUCUCCAAGUAGGUCUCUUUGUGCUGCAAUUUCAAGCGAUCAUAUGGGCUCACCUUCAAAGGACAAGUAAAGCAAUUCAGUUCAGGCCUUUAUUGAGAUAUUAAAGAAGUUUGUGCUUAAAAAAAUCAUGCCGACCCAUUGAAGCUGAUCAACCCAUUGCACAAAGUUGGAUUACUAUAAUUGAAGUCGUUAGAGUUAAUUUGCAAGAUCCAACAAGAGCCUAUUGCAAACCCAUUCGGAUUGUUUUUUAUUUUUUAAUUUUUUUUUAUAUUAUAUUGUUAAUUUUUGUUUUGCUCUCGUAAAUAAAUGUUAAGGUAUGAAGGUUGCAUAUUGCUUGAACCUUGAGGGAAAGAAUAUCUAGAUUCUUUGAUUGAAUUAAAGUUGCAUCUUUGUUUCAUGUUUUCAAGUUUGUCCCGG